CUUGACGUCAUUGGAAAGUAUAAAAUUUGACUCACGUCCCUUUCAUCGUUAGUGUUGUGUGUUUCAACGAAUAGGAUAUACAUUAAGUCGGUUCACCUGUCAAAGUUUUGGAAUACUUUAACAGUCACCAAUUCUGAGAGAUGGCUCGUACCAAGCAGACCGCCCGUAAGUCCACUGGAGGAAAGGCGCCAAGGAAGCAACUCGCCACAAAGGCAGCCAGGAAAAGCGCGCCAUCAACUGGAGGAGUGAAGAAGCCCCAUCGUUAUAGGCCAGGAACUGUGGCUCUUCGUGAGAUCCGUCGUUACCAGAAGUCUACUGAACUAUUGAUCCGCAAGCUGCCCUUCCAGCGUUUGGUGAGAGAAAUUGCCCAGGAUUUCAAGACAGACCUGCGUUUCCAGAGUGCCGCUAUUGGAGCACUUCAGGAGGCCAGUGAGGCAUACCUGGUGGGUCUGUUUGAAGACACCAACCUGUGUGCCAUCCAUGCCAAACGUGUCACGAUCAUGCCCAAAGACAUCCAGCUGGCCCGCAGGAUAAGGGGAGAGAGGGCUUAAAUGGCACUCUGCUGCUCCUUUCAGACAUACUCCUAUUUAACAUACUAAACCAUUUUGUGGACAUGUUAUUUUUGGGUAUUUUAAGUUUUCUUCCUGUUUUUGUAAUGUAUUUUAGAAUGAGAUCAGUCAUUCCACAACCCUGAAUUCAGAUCUGGCUAGUGUGCAAUCAGGAUUGUUGUAGGAAUACAUGCUUGGCUUUAAUUGCAAAUGAGGCUUGUUUUUACAUUGCGAAUAGCAGAUAGAAAAUGUUGUGACUGUUUCACCAUAGUCCUCUUCAUAGAUGUCCUCUUCAUAUUAACUGGCUCAUUUUGGGUCUUGGUGGGUAAUAUAGGCUCCAGAUGAGGUUGGAGCUCUUGAGGUUUAAUGUUGGGUAUGUGUGAAUUCAAGAUGGCUGAAUUCUUCUCUCAGCUUCCAAGGAGCUGUGGUCAGGUGUCCAUCACUUUUCCACCCUCUGUCCCUGCAGUCUAACAGCGUGUCUUGCUCAACAGCUCACUCAAUAGGGUCAGGUAGAUUGUCCAUGUGCAGUUCCUCCUGACAUCCUGGGGUGGACAGGAGCAUGACAAAGAGCCCUGUAUAUUCUGGACUGCUUUUUACAUGUUAUUUUUCCAAAAUACAAACUUGGCAGCUACAUUUAAUACUAUUUAUGAAAGUGUUGUCACAUUGUAGUCUUUCUAUUAAAUGUCUUUAUGAGAA